AUGACCGACCGCCGGUACAGCGGCAGCUGCGGAAGCAGCAGCAGCGACAACAGCGACAACAGCUACAACGGCUAUAACGGCAACAACGGCUACAACGGCAACAACGACUACAGCAGCAGCAACGGCUACAGGUGCGGGAUCAAAACGCAACUGCAUGCACCGUCGUCGGGCCGAUGUAACGACCUACACAACAACAACAACAACAAUAUUUGCAAAACCGGGGUCGCCCGACCGGCCGCCAUGCACGUGAAGAAGACGUGGAAGACCGCCGCGGUGAUGUUCCUGGCCGUGGCCACCGUCUCCACGGUCACCGCGGCGUUUUACUUCAAUUACGCGGCGACCGCGUGCUGCGCGUUGGCCCCGCAGUCGUCUUCGUCGCUGCUGCAGGAACCGUCCAACGCCGCGGCCGCGAACAACGGUCCAGACCGGUCCAAGUCGGUCGGUUCUUCGGUACCACGCACGUCCAAGCUGUACGCCGUGUGCGAGAUCCGCGAUCACCUACGCAGCCCCGCCGACCGGGAUAAAUUUAGCCGCAAUCGGCGACAAACUGUUGACAGCACAAGCAGUACCGUCGAUAAGAACCCAGCAAAUAAAUACACUAACAAUGUGGAGAGUGAUACUGCCCGUAACGGUGACAAAGGGAACGAUACCUCUCUCAUUUAUUUCAUUACGCCUACAUAUCCACGAAGAGAGCAAAUUGCCGAGCUCACAAGAUUAGGUCAGACAUUAAUGCAUGUCUCCCGACUUUAUUGGAUAGUAGCGGACGACCGACCCGACUGCAGUCUACAAAUAAUGAACCUACUACCAGAUUUCAGCAUUCCUUAUACGUAUAUUGCCAGCCCUAUGCCAUCGAUAUAUAAACGUGACCCAGACGCCAUGCCCCGUGGUGUUUCUAACCGUAGAGCUGCUCUCAACUGGAUAAGACUGAACCACAACAUUAAUGACUCGAACGCUGUAAUUUAUUUUGGUGAUGAUGACAACACGUUCCAUUUGGAUCUUUUUAAGGAAAUACGUACCACAAAGAAAAUAUCAAUGUUCCCGGUUGGCUUGGUUGGAGAGUAUGGUGUUAGCUCACCGAUUAUUGAUAAAGGAAAAGUAGUUGGCUUUUUUGAUAGCUGGCCAGCAAAAAGAAAAUUUCCAGUAGACAUGGCUGGAUUUGCUAUUAAUGUUCCUUUAUUCAAAUACCCUUAUGCAACUAUGCCAUAUAAGGCGGGUUUUGAAGAAGACCGUUUUUUGUCAGCACUGGCUAUUCGAUUAGAUGAAAUUGAACCAAAAGCAGAAAAUUGUACAAGGAUUUUGGUUUGGCACACUCAGACAGCAAAGAAACCUAAGCCAAUAGUCAUGGUCAAAUCCAAAGCAGCAUUGCCUGGUUCACUGGCUACUCUACUCGAUCAAGUGACUAUGUUAGGUAUAGGUGGAGUGAGCGAAACAACAGGUGUUCGCAGUUAUAUGACAAAAAAUGGUAAUAUUUUUAGGGUAUAACCUAAUAUAACCUCAUUUUCUUUUAAUAUUUGUAUAAAGUGUUUUAUUAGAUAAAUGUAAUAUAAUU